AUGGGGGUGGGGGGGGCGUGGCUUGAUUGGAGCCGCAAACGGUCGCAUGUCUGCGGAGUUCCAGCGAUUCCACGGCUAAAAACCUACAAUACAUUGCAUAUAUCGCUGCAAACCAACCCCAACCGUGUCCCUGAUACCAGGGAAAACACGGGGAAACGCUCCAGGAAACUCAAGACUCCUGCAGCUCACGGCAACCAAAGUAUUGGUGAACUCUUCCACACGCGGAAUAGGCUCAAGAUGGCAGUGCCGCCUGACAACCCCAGCUCUUCAUACUCUGAGGAGGACCUGUUGGAUGCCCAUGACCCUAUACCCGAGGCAAAACAAUUAAUAGCUCACUUACACCCAGAAAAACGGCAGAGAUCUGGCUACCAAGGGUGA